AUGGAGAUAAACUGUGUAUGGAUUACAGAAAAUGAUUGCACAAAAGUUGAAAAUCUUGAAAAAAGAGUUUAUUAUGUUUUUGAAGAAUUUUCAGGCAAUGGAUUUAAUCACCUUAAAAAUCUUGGCUGCAAAUUAUAUGGUCCUACAUGCAUUCUUGUAUGUUCACAAAGAUCUCAACCUCUAUCACAAGUAUCCACUCCAGUUUUCUGCUUUGCAAUGGAGGGAGUUGUGCUGAGUUGCACAAACUUGCAAAAGGAAAGAAGACUAGAAAUAUAUGAAAAAGUAAAAUGGAUGUCAGGCGUGACAAUGGCUGUAGUAGACGAACACAUAACACAUCUGGUGGCUGGUGAGGUCGGCUCCAAGAAAUAUAUCGUAGCAAACACAUUGAAGGCAGCUGUCAUGUUGCCUGAAUGGGUUGAUGAAGUGUGGAAUUCUUCUCAAACCAGAAUUGUUCAUGCUAAUGACAAAGAAUUUGAAAAUAUGAAAUGUCCCAUGUUCAAAGGACUGUCGGUUUGUGUCUCUGGGCUUGAACAUGCUGAAAGGCUGAAAAUAAAAUCCUUGGUGGAGAUGCAUGGUGGCAAGUGUAGUGGCAGCCUAAUGAUUAAGGAAUGCACUCAUUUAAUCAUAAAGGAGCCCAAAGGGCAGAAGUACCAAGCAGCAGUUAAGUGCAACAUAAGAACUGUUAGCCCCCAGUGGCUUGAUGAUUGUUUGACUGCUGGUUAUUGCAUUGAAGAGGACAUGUACCUCAUCCAACCUCAGAUGAAAAGUAACGACGACGAUGAUGGUGAUGGAAGAAGGACUGGUUCAAAAAAUACCUCAACGCCAACCAACCAGAGUCGACUUGCUGAUUGUAAUGUCACAACUUUAGCCAACAUCAGCUCCAUCUCCGUGUCUCAUGUUAAUGAUACAUUCCUUUCAAGUACUACAAAGCAUAAUUCGACGAUUGACAUCAAUAUGGAAUGUAACAAUAGCUACACUACAUCUAAAGAACAGGAUUUGCAAAAUUUUGACAAAAUCUUUUCAUCUAUUUCAUCAAAGAACUUCAAGUGCAAUAAUUUUCUUGAUGGGUGUAAAAUUUAUUUUAGUGGCAUACCGACCAGCUAUAUGGAAAAGAUGAAACUAAUCAGCAACAAAGGAAGUGCUACUAGGUUUGAUGACUUGAAUGACUGUGUUUCACACGUUGUGGUUCAUGAUGUUGACCAUCAUCUUAUCAGGAACUUGAAACAAAUU